AUGGAAGCAAAUAGUGGGAUGGUGGCUGGAUCUUACAAGAAGAAUGAGCUUGUUAGGAUUCGCCAUGAUUCUGAUAGUGGGCCAAAGCCUCUGAAGAAUUUGAAUGGCCAACUAUGUCAGAUUUGUGGAGAUUCUGUUGGAUUGACUGCCGACGGUGAUAUCUUUGUUGCUUGCAAUGAAUGUGGCUUUCCAGUUUGCCGACCUUGUUAUGAGUAUGAGAGAAAAGAUGGAAAUCAGUCCUGUCCCCAGUGCAAAACUAGAUACAAGAGACACAAAGGAAGUCAGCGAGUUGAUGGUGAUGAUGACGAGGAUGAUGUUGAUGAUUUGGAAAACGAGUUCAAUUAUUCUCAGGGAAAGAGCAAAGCUAGAUCCCAAUGGCAGGGAGAAGAGGUUGAGCUCUCUUCAUCUUCUAGACGGGAAUCUCAGCAUCCAAUCCCUCUCCUUACCAAUGGGCAGCCGGUUUCCGGUGAGAUUCCCAGGUCUAUAGCAGACACUCAAUCUGUAAGAAGUACAUCAGGACCUCUGGGCCCUGGAGACCGUGUUCACUCCCUUCCAUAUAUUGAUCCAAGGCAGCCAGUUCCUGUGAGAAUUGUUGACCCUUCAAAAGACUUGAAUUCUUAUGGGCUUGGAAAUGUUGAUUGGAAGGAGAGGGUGGAAGGUUGGAAACUAAAGCAGGAGAAAAAUGUGGUGCACAUGAACAACAGAUACGGUGAAGGGAAAGGAGAUAUUGAAGGCACAGGUUCAAAUGGAGAAGAACUGCAGAUGGCUGAUGAUGCUCGUCAACCAUUGAGCCGUGUUGUUCCUAUAUCUUCUACUCAUGUUACUCCUUAUCGUGUCGUAAUUAUUCUUCGACUGAUUAUCUUGGGCUUUUUCUUGCAAUACCGUUGUACUCAUCCGGUGAAGGGUGCUUAUCCUUUGUGGCUGACUUCAGUUAUUUGUGAGGUCUGGUUUGCCUUAUCCUGGCUUCUGGAUCAAUUUCCAAAAUGGUACCCCAUCAACCGUGAGACCUACCUUGAAAGACUUGCGUUGAGAUACGAUAGAGAGGGCGAGCCUUCUCAAUUAGCGCCUGUUGACGUGUUUGUCAGUACUGUGGACCCCAUGAAGGAGCCUCCUCUUGUUACUGCCAACACCGUGUUGUCCAUCCUUUCUGUGGAUUACCCUGUGGACAAAGUCUCCUGUUAUGUCUCGGAUGAUGGUUCAGCAAUGCUCACGUUUGAAGCCCUCUCUGAAACUGCAGAAUUUGCUAGGAAAUGGGUGCCUUUCUGUAAGAAGCACAAUAUUGAGCCCAGGGCCCCUGAAUUCUACUUUGCUCAGAAGAUAGAUUACCUCAAGGAUAAGAUUCAGCCUUCCUUUGUUAAAGAGCGCAGGGCAAUGAAGAGAGAAUAUGAAGAAUUCAAGGUACGCAUCAACGCACUAGUUGCAAAAGCUCAAAAGAUGCCUGAAGAAGGAUGGACAAUGCAAGAUGGAACCUCCUGGCCUGGAAAUAACCCCCGAGAUCAUCCAGGAAUGAUUCAGGUCUUUUUGGGGCACAGUGGGGGCCUUGAUACAGAUGGAAAUGAGCUCCCUCGUCUGGUUUAUGUUUCUCGUGAGAAGCGUCCAGGAUUUCAACAUCACAAGAAAGCCGGAGCUAUGAAUGCAUUGAUUCGUGUCUCCGCUGUUCUCACUAAUGGAGCAUAUCUUUUGAAUGUUGAUUGUGAUCACUACUUCAACAAUAGUAAAGCACUCAAAGAAGCAAUGUGCUUCAUGAUGGAUCCCGCUCUUGGAAAGAAGACUUGCUAUGUCCAGUUUCCACAGCGUUUUGAUGGCAUUGAUUGGCAUGAUAGAUAUGCUAAUCGCAAUAUUGUCUUCUUUGAUAUCAACUUGAAAGGUCUGGAUGGCAUUCAGGGACCAGUCUAUGUGGGAACUGGAUGUUGCUUUAACAGACAAGCUUUGUAUGGGUAUGAUCCUGUCCUAACUGAGGAAGAUUUGCAGCCAAACAUUAUUGUCAAAAGCUGUUGUGGAUCAAGAAAGAAAGGAAAAAAUGCCAAUAAGAAGUACAUGGAUAAGAUGCAAGCAAUGAGAAGAACUGAAUCCACCAUUCCAAUCUUUAACAUGGAGGAUAUUGAAGAGGGUCUGGAAGGAUAUGAUGAUGACAAGUCACUUCUCAUGUCUCAGAAGAGGCUAGAGAAGCGGUUCGGUCAAUCAGCAGUUUUUAUUGCUGCCACCUUUAUGGAACAUGGGGGCAUUCCACCAACAACAAAUCCUGCUACUCUUUUAAAAGAAGCAAUCCAUGUUAUUAGCUGUGGAUAUGAGGAUAAGUCUGAGUGGGGCAAAGAGAUUGGUUGGAUUUAUGGUUCUGUUACAGAAGAUAUCUUAACUGGAUUCAAGAUGCACGCACGAGGAUGGAUUUCAAUAUAUUGUAUGCCUCCUCGUCCAGCAUUUAAGGGGUCUGCUCCCAUCAAUUUGUCAGAUCGUUUAAAUCAGGUCCUUAGGUGGGCUUUGGGAUCCAUUGAAAUUCUUCUUAGCAGGCAUUGCCCUAUAUGGUAUGGCUACAACGGAAGACUGAAGCUCUUGGAGAGGCUGGCAUAUAUCAACACCAUUGUUUAUCCCCUCACCUCUAUUCCAUUGCUCGCUUAUUGCAUUCUGCCAGCUAUCUGUCUUCUCACUAAUAAAUUUAUCAUUCCAGAGAUAAGCAAUUUUGCUAGCAUGUGGUUCAUUCUUCUCUUUGUCUCCAUUUUCGCCACUGGAAUACUGGAAAUGCGGUGGAGUGGUGUCAGCGUCGAGGAUUGGUGGAGAAAUGAACAAUUCUGGGUCAUUGGUGGUACGUCUGCUCAUCUCUUCGCCGUCUUCCAAGGUCUCUUGAAAGUACUCGCCGGGAUCGAUACCAAUUUUACCGUCACUUCGAAGGCAUCCGAUGAGGAUGGAGAAUUUUCAGAGCUUUACGUGUUCAAAUGGACAUCCCUACUCAUUCCUCCCACCACUGUCCUUAUUGUGAACAUCAUAGGAAUUGUUGCUGGUGUUUCAUACGCCAUUAACAGUGGAUACCAGUCGUGGGGCCCUCUAUUUGGGAAAUUGUUUUUUGCUAUGUGGGUUAUUGUCCAUUUGUAUCCUUUCCUCAAAGGUUUGUUGGGCCGGCAAAAUCGUACUCCUACCAUUGUCAUCGUCUGGUCAAUACUCCUUGCGUCCAUUUUCUCCCUGCUCUGGGUUCGAAUAGACCCAUUUACAUCGGAGGCCACAAAGAGAGCUGCACAGGGUCAAUGUGGUGUCAAUUGUUAG